UCGACAGGCUGUUGAAUAUUUAGGGGUGGCUGUGUUUAUUAAAGUAAUGGCGCUCUCCAAUGUGUGCUGUCAUUUAGUAAUUGGAAUCAAAACUUGAUGCAUGACAGCUAUUAAUGAGAUGAUGAUAACCUCUCCUGAAAUGAAAAAUGGGUUCUAGAAUAAGGGAAAAUGUGAAGCAUUUGUUUCAAUGCUUCUGCGAAGUUGUAAAACCGCAACCAAACGUAAAGGAUGCAUGGAUAAUUCAAAAGUUUCCUGACAGUUACAAAAACGAAGAAGUACUGAAAUCUGUUCCUAAAUUUGCAUAUCCAUGUGACUUUGAAAAUACUACUGUGCAGCACUAUUCGUUCGUGUUGACAAACGUGGACUCAAAAUGGACUUUUGGGUUUUGCCGCCAUGAUCCAAAAAGUGAAACUGCUCUUGUGAUUUUGAGCUACCUACCUUGGCACGAGUCCUUUUACAAGCUGUUGAACCAAAUUGCUCAGAUAACCCACGGGCCGAAAUCGGAUGAGCUGUGGACGUUCCUGGAAGCUGUGUACUGCAGUAAUAUACCAAGUCCCGGUGGGACGUUACACGUUUCCUUUAAUGAAGGGAGAGAUAAUUUUGUAUGCGCUUGCCCGAAUCAGUACCAGCUGCCCUGCAUUCCAGAAAACCGAAACCUCACGGAGUAUUACAACGCCGUCGACGCUCACAACAUGAUGGUAAUUUUUGCGUCGAUGCUGUAUGAGCGGCGGAUAAUUUUCACUUCGAAAAAGUUGUACAGACUGAGUGCCUGCGUACAGUCGGCCAACGCGGUCAUCUACCCCAUGAACUGGCAACAUAUAUUCAUCCCAGUCCUACCGAUGGCGCUAAUCGACUACCUGCUCGCACCUAUGCCUUACUUGAUUGGUGUGCCGGAACCAGUUUUGAAGAGAGCUCGCACUUCCGAACUAGGUGAUGUGGUAGUCUUGGACGCCGACACCAACGUCGUCGAAACGCCUUUCAUGGAUCUCGAAAGUCUUCCCCAGGAUGUGGUGACCUCGCUGAGGCGGCAGCUGCGCAACAGGGCGAGCCUGCUGGGCGACGGGGUCUCGCGGGCCUUCCUCCGGGCCCUGGUGCAGCUCAUCGGGGGCUACCGCGACGCCCUCAAGUUCUGCCAGGGCGAGCGGAUCACCUUCAGCGCGGACGCCUUCGUCGAGUCGCGGCCCGCGCCCAUGCAGCCGUUCCUGCGCAAGAUGCUGGAGCUGCAGAUAUUCCAGCAGUUCAUCGAAGAGAGACUGGACAUGUUGAACAACGGCCUUGGUUUCUCUGACGAGUUUGAGUUGGAAGCGUGUAAUUAUUCCGGCAAGUCAAGCUCCAAACUGAAGCAGCAGUACAAAGAAUGGACGUACACAAUGAAGAAGGAAGGAAGCGCUUUCAUAAAAAAUGUUAAGAGUAAGGCGAACCCGGCAAUGAAAUCAGCUGUGAAAUCUGUGAAGGAGCGGGGGAAGGACGUGCGGUCGGCCUACAAGGAGCUCCGGUCCAUGUUCAGAGACCCGCAGAGCCACUCGGCGCUGCACGCUGACGAGCUGGAGCGACACCACCGCCGCGAGCCCGGCCACAAGCCCCGGUCUGCCCCCUCGUCGCCGGUGCAGAAGCGCCGGCCCCACACCGCCUACGUCGCCAAGCCUGCGGCCGUCGCCUCGUUCCGCAAGGAGCCCCGGCCGCAGAGGAACACGUCCGCGGGCGACGUCAAAUCGAAGCAGUAUUUGUCCCUCGGCCCGUCGUCGGAUCCGUCCUCUCCCGAGGCGGAAGUGGUGAGCGGCGACGGCCCGGGACUGCAGCUGUCGCCACUGGACAUGGACCUGAUGGGGUCGCUCCAAGAGUUCAUGUCCGGGAAGUGUUCGCUGCUCGACUCCGGAGGCUCCGAUUCGCCCCCCGUCGAUAGAACUCUGAAGCCUGUGCGUAGCCUGGAAAGCUUCAAGCCCUCGGGUGGUGGUUGUGGCAGCCCUGAUGCCUGGUGGACGUCCCCCACCGCUCCCCUCCUGCUUCCCCCGUCCCCUCCCCACCAGGCUCCGCCCCUCGACCGCGUUCCACACGGCUCUCCCUCCCUUAACGGCUGUGAUGUGUUCGGGGCGGCACCCUUCGCGAUGGGCGGUGACGGGGACUUGGCGUCCCCUUCCUCGGUUGACGUCGUUCGCCUCCUGCCCCCCAUGCUGAGGAGCCCGAAGCAAAAGCAAAAGACAUCACGGGAUUUGAUAUGCCUGGACUCCAACCCGGUGGACGACUUUGACCCGCUGCUGACCAAGGAGAAGAGAGUGGACCAGUCGUCCCUGCCGAGCGUGAGCCAGACGCUGCUGGCGUUCCAGAACCACGCCAAGCUGGGCGCGGAGGGGCUGGAGAACCCCCUGUACCCCUACUUCUCCCCCACCGUGAAGAAGAUGUCCCCGUCGAGGUCGGCGAACCAGGGGAAGGGUGGCGUGGACGGUCACGCGGCUUCCCCCGCACCCGCCCCCGCCCCCCAGCGUUCCUUCCUGCACUCGUCGAGGGGCGAGGCGGGCGCCCGUGAGGCCGACCUCCUGCUCAGAGAGUACGGGCUCGACUUCAACAGCUUCCGGAAAGGCGACGCAGCGCCCGCCCGCCCCGGAGGUUCGCCGCAGAGCAACUGGACAAAGUUCGAAUAGCGCCGCGUCAGCGCCACCCGUACCUGCUUUCGAAGUCGCAGCCUGAGCCGGGCUACGUUCGCGACGGCACGCAAACUGCACACUUGAGUUUCGUCAGCUAUUAUUAUAUGCAAGCAUUUGAUUUUACCAUUUUGCUUUUAACAUUUAGGAAUGAUUAAAUACAGAGCUUUGCCUUUGCAUAAACACCACACUCAAAUCAGUUUCACUGGUAGUUUCGAAAUACUCAUAUCAAAGAAAUCGCCAGCUACUCCAUGCCGCUGAUAUAUUGUAUUCAGAUUGGUCUCAAAAACAGAAAUUAGUGCCUAGCACAGCGAAAACUUAGAAGUUCGACACGUGCUGUUCUCCUGUGUGUGUGUGUGUGUGCUAUUCCCAAUGUUGCAGCUGCUAUCUUUUUUUCCAUGCAUGUGUGCUGUGGGCGUGCUGUUGCGAAUGUACCCCGGCAUUUACGGUACUGUUUGUGUUUCGUCGCCGGGCUUGAAACUGCCUGUGAAUUAGUGAGAACCAUUUGAAUGUAUGUAUGUAUACUUUGUUUUACCUGCCAUAGUAUUAGUUUUUAUGCGAUUGUGUUGUUGGGUUUACUGUAGGGACCACGAAAGUAGCGAGCUGCAUCCCAUAGUUCCCGAGAACAAAGAUUGCUUCUUGAUCACAGAUUGAUAUUACUUUACUAAUUACUUCUCUCUCUCUGCUGUGAAUCACUUUAUUACUUUUCCUACGUUUUAUAUUCGGCUCCGUUACUCUUUGUGUACUAAUUGCCAAUAUACGCACAAAGGGAGACGGAAUCCCCCACUGCAUUACACUCACUUAUCCUUUAACUUCUAUUUUUCCUGUCGUCCUUCAUCCUCUUUCUCCUUCACCCUCGCUUUGACAGCUCGCAAGAUUCCUGGCCCCUACAGUACAUGAUAAUAUACGCUGCCUGUAUCAACAUCCAAUGGGAAUUUGGUGCCGCUAUAAGAAAUUCCCAAAAUUAUUGACAGCUAAAAACACAUAAUAACAUAACUUUUUUUGACAGCAGGAUUUUGUUUUAAGUGAGAAAAAUUUAUAUUUUAAAUGUUUUUCUUGUCUGUUCUUUCUUCCACCUAUGUAUUGUGCAUAAUAAAGUCCUCUCAUUUGCUGUGAAAGUCCAGGAAAGGCAUGGGUGAUAAUUAAAUGUUUAUUCAAACUUUAUUAAGUCUCUUGUCACAAUGAUUGUGUAUCAAUAAGUGAUUUGAAUAAUGUGUAAAGAGAAAUUAAUUGAUUGUUAUUUGUUAGUAUACUAGUAUACUUGUUAUUGUUUGAAGAGUUUCACAUAAAGUUAGUAGCAGUAUAAAUUUUCAAUUUAUAAAAUCUGUGUUUAAAACUAUAUCAAUAUUAUAUUUAAGGCAGUAUUUUAUAGAUGAGGGAAUAGUAGAAAACAUAUCAGGAUAAAUUAUUGGUCUUAUUUUGAUUUUUUUUUUUUAAAUUUUUAUUUGUAUACAGUAAAAUUAUGUGUUGAUGUUUAGUUUUAUGAAAAUCAUGUCAAUGAGUCUGGUGUAGAUACAUAUGGUAGCUGAAGAGCAAGAAAUUUUGAAUAUAAAUAUGUAUAUGAUAUAUUUUGGCCAGUUAAAACCAAGUGUUAAAUGUAGUGUUUAUGAAAUGUUUACACCAUACCGUAGGUUCAAAAUAUAUACAGAUGAACUACAACUUAAAUGUUGUAUGUAUGCAUUAUUGCAUUUUGCGAACAAAUUUUUUGAAAAAUGCACAUUUGGUGUUUUUUACUGAACUGUUGUGGUUUUGAGUUUUUAAUACACAUGCCUCAUUGCACUAUACUUUUGGCUUUUUUUUCUCUUUUCUACAUGUAUAUAAUGGCUCCUUUAUAAGGAAAUUAGUGUGGUGUUUGUUAUUCUAACAUUUUGUUGGACUCUGCAUCAUUUCACAAUAAAUCAUUCCUUCCAUUAAGGAAGUGUUCUAAAAUUCAAAUUUUGAAUAAUGCUUUCUUGAAGUUAAUGAAAUAUUUUAAUGUUUGUUAUUGUUAUGUUAAUUUGUGGAAAACUUAAAAGUUAUGUUAUGUUGUCUCAUGUAUUACCAGCAGUCUUAACCAUACAGGUUCAUGUGUAAUUAUGAUUUAUACCACAUUUUUGUGGCAGUCCAAUUUCUUAGGUUACCACGUUUUCUCUUACAGACUUUUUUUGUGUGUUAAACCCAGUCUCACUAUUCGCCACACCAUUUCAGUUUGUCCCUGAUCUACCGUGUGUUUUCCUGUCUUAGUCGAAACACCGUAGAGAUUUUUAAUCAUCUUGAUACAAAUACAAUACCACGGACAUAAUUGUUUAAGAGACAUAUCUGAAAUCAUGCGGUUUGCCUCCUAAGCAAACAUUAUAAAAUUUACACAUGAAGCGUUUGUAGGAGUGGCGAAUAAACAUAGUAUUUAUUCACUAAGGAGUGUUUUUGAAUUCCUGCAAAUUAUAUAUAUGACGGGUGAUGGAUUGUUGCUAUGUUUAUGGAUCAUUACAUUUAUAUAGUGAGUUAUGUAUCGAGAGAGAAAGUUUAAAUGGGAAUGACUGUAUACUGUCACUAAAUCUUCGUCCUGUCUCCCACCUGCUUCUAAUAUUUUAAAUUUGGUGUUAAAAAAAAAAGAUUGGUUUGUUGACUAUCUUGUGCGAUUAUUUGUAUUUAUGGUGCUGUUGGAUUGUUAGACAUUUUAUAAAUCACAUUGUAAAUAGUGUUAAAUAUUAUGCAAUAAUCACCACUGUCAAGUUUUGUGUUCCAUGUAGGUAGAUAUACAUGUAUUUAUUUUUCCUGUGUUUAUUUUGAUUUAACUGAAUCAUUGGUGCUGAUUAAACACACACAGAUUUUUGUCAAUGUAUACAUUUUUAGUGUACUGUUAGAGUUAUACGAAACAGUAGUGUUUCUAUUAAAUGAAUUGAAAAACAUAUGCCAAAUUGUUUAGUUUUAUACAGUCAUAAUAAAAUUGAGUAGUUAAUGCUGACUGGUUUUUGCAUAUGCACAAACAGCAGGAAACAAUCAAAUGGGUACUACAUCUGCGUAGCUGUUUUGUGCCUGUUGGUUUUUAUUACCGUAUUUACCCGAAUAUAAGACGACUCCCAAACUACAGCCUCAUGUUUUCAGGAAAAUAAUUGUUUAUUGUAUUAAAC